GGAGCCUAUAUCAGUGAUCGGUCUGGUCUCUCCGCCUAGAUUUUUUUUUCCUGUAUUAGAUCAAGUGUGACAAGCUGUGAUUGGCUGGCAAUCAGAGAUUGCUGGAACAGAACACUAUUUAAAUAACAGUACUUUCACUGCAAAGAGGAUGCAGCUCUGUCACCAAGAGACUCCGAGAACGAUCUUAGGGAUUUCCAAAUGCUGGUUAUAAGGCGUACUGGAGCUAUGUAAAUUCUAAAUGAUGGAGUGUUCCUGGAAAGUGCUUGUACUGAUAGUCUGUACGUCACUGGGCAUUCAGUACACGGCCAUUAUGUCUAUCAGGAUGACCUUGAAACCUUCUUGUACAAGCAUGACAGUGGAGAAUCGGUGCGGACAAAUCAAAGAUAAUGUUACCAGAGCCUUGUGUGAAGACGUCAACAGCCAACAGGCCAGAAAGCACAUACUGAUAUUUGCCACAGCCAGAAGUGGGUCUUCAUUCCUUGGUCAAUUAUUUAACCAAAACACUGACAUCUUCUACCUAUUUGAGCCUCUUUACCACGUGCAGGACAUGUUUACCACUUCAAAUGAUCAACUAACAAUAGACAGGAGAUCUCUUCUUGGGGCCUACAGAGAUCUGCUACACAAUCUGUAUGACUGUGAUUUUUAUUCCCUGGAAAAUUAUAUCAAACCAGUACCUAAAGACCAUCUUACGUCUUCAUUUUUCCGAAGUGGUUCAAGUAACACUUUAUGCUCUCCACCAGUAUGUAACCAAACAGGGAGAAUAGAAGAAAGUCAGUGUACAAAGAAGUGUAAACCGCUAAACUUAACUUUAGCCUCCUUAGCCUGCCGCUACAAACAUUUGGCCAUAAAAAUCAUCCGAAUUUCCGAGAUCAACCAUUUGAGAACUCUUGUGGAGGACCCUCGACUUAACCUUAGGAUAAUUCACCUUGUGAGGGACCCCAGGGCAGUGCUAACAUCAAGGAUCAACACGUUUGUUGACCAGUAUAGGCCCUUUAAAAUUUGGAACUCUAUAGGCAAAAAGCCACACAACGUAAAUCUUGAGUUGAUCAGUAACAUAUGUAUUGAUUACAGUAAUUCGGUGGAGAUUGGUUUUAGUAGGCCAACUUGGUUGAAAGGUAAAUAUAUGCUUGUACGAUAUGAAGACAUUGCCAUGGAUCCAGUCAAGAAAGCUACUGAAAUAUACAGUUUUGUUGGUCUAGAAUGGAAAGAAAGAGUCUCCAGGUGGAUCGAAGAGAAUACAAAAAAAGCAGCUUCUUCUACUAAAUUCAACAAAUUUACAACAAUUAGAAACUCAUCCGAGACUGCCGAAAGUUGGAGAUUGCAUUUACAUUUCAAUAUUGUCCAAGCGGUUCAAGAAAUAUGCAAUAUAACCUUAUCCCAACUUGGAUAUCAAGUGGUGGACUCCAUACAGCAACUGAAAAAUCUCUCCCAGAGCCUUGUUGAGCCAAGGCUAUUUUUGCCGUUUGUUUAAGAAAGAAAGGAGAGUAAAAUCCUUGUGUCAGUCACAAUUUAAAACCAAGAGAUAUUAAUGGAAUAUCACAGUGCAAGUUUGAACAGGCUUGUAACAGCAAGUGACAAGAUGUAAAAUGAGAAAGCCAAUGCGUCUCAAGAAAAUUAAUUCUCAAAAUGAUGGUUCUACGUCUUGCACCGCUCUUUUCAAGUCAAAAAGUUUCAAUCAUUUCAGUAUAAAUAACAAAUUUCUUAUUUUCUUUUUCUUUUCUUUUUUUUUAAAUUAAAUUCAGUUUCUCAUUCCUGUGUAAAUGCGUUUCCUGAUAAAAAAAAUUGUUAUAGAGCCUAUGAAUCAAGGCUGCAGAAACUGUGGGGUGGGGUAACUCAGGUUCAGAUUUUCAUUGUCCUGGAAAUUAAUGUGAAUACAUAUUUCACUUAGGAAAAAAUGACAAUCAAAUUGCAUUUUAGAUUUUCUUAACACUAUUAUUUUGUUACAAUAACAUAUGUGAUC